AUGGCGGCAGGACUUGAGCCUGCUGUCAUGAUCAAAGCCAAUGGAGGUAUGAAGAUCGAGGAGAUCAUCCACAAUGAGCCUCCGCGACUGCUCAUCUUGUAUGACCAGGGUCAAGAAGAGAUUACAAGGGUCGUCGCCGAUGUCUUGGGAUAUACCUACAGUCGGGCCGAGUCGCUCGACGCUGUGAGGGGAUGGUCGGAUGAGGUUGUUGUUGGGAUGGAGAAUGUUUUUGCUACCGAGCUGGAGUCUUUGCGGAAAUUGGAUAGGACGCUCAUUACUACGCAUUGCGUUGACGGGAACGAUGGACGGGAUGAAGCACUAACUGCGUUUUGCGACUACGAAUAUCUUUACACAAGCGGGACGCCUCUACGACGAGACCUUGCGCGCUUUCUUGGAUUCGUCCUUGGGCAGAUCAAACCACACGACGAUCUGAAGAGGAAACAACGAACCACUUUGCUGUCCACAACCUUUCCGGACAUACGUGGAGCUUUACCAAACUUGGACAUACUCUCUGUCGGCGCAGACUCCGUCGAGCUUCGAGUCGAUCUCUUGAGAGAUCCGGCCACAGAUGAUGACUUUGGAGCAGUACCUGGACUGAAGUAUGUCGGCGAACAGGUCAUGCUUCUACGACAACGGACCGAGCUACCCAUCAUCUUCACAACAAGAUGCACCCGGGAGAACGGCCUAUUUCCCAUGAAAGACCCUGGGUUGUUUUACACCUACCUUCGUAAGGCCAUCCAAUGGGGUUGCGAAUACGUUGAUGUUGAGCUUUGGCUUCCCGAGGAGAUCAGACGACAACUUGCUGCAGAAAAGGGUCACAGUAAGAUCAUAUCGGCAUGGCAUGACUUCUCGGGCAUGUUCAAGUGGACGUCGCCUGAUGCACAGAGACUGUUCAAGGAGGGUGCGGUCUACGGAGACAUCGUCAAGAUGAUUGCUCUGGUACAUAAUAUGGAGGACAACUACGAGCUGGAGUACUUUCGAUCGAUUCGUCAGAGUGUUCGCUCGAACCCACCAUUUUCUGGCUUGAACAUGGGUACUAUUGGCCAGCUUUCGCGGACUCUCAACAAAGUCUUCACGCCAAUCACUCACCCCCUCAUGCCUCUGGUCGCUGCUCCCGGCCAGUUGAGUGCUGCAGAGAUCAACUCGAUGUUGCACUCCAUGGGACAGAUGCCACGAAUGGACAUGUAUGCCAUCGGUCAUGUUCGCUCGAACGGUCUGGCAACUUUUAUGGCCAAGUGCCUGAACGAGCUCAGUCAACCGCACCAGCUAUUGAGUGUUGAGAGAUCACCUACCGGGUCGAUCGAGCCUUUCCUCUCGCGACACCAAUUUGGCGGUGCAUACAUUAACCCUCCUCUCCCAGUCGAAGAUGCACCUUACUUGCCGACACUUACAGAAGCUGCUUCUGCCAUCGGGCAGGUCGACACCAUAGCUGUGCGAGCCAUCAACAAUGGUCGAGCAAUGGUCGCUGACAAUGUCACAUGGAAAGGCAUUCGAGCCACACUAACGAAAGAGUACGUCCCCUCAGCGUACGCAGGUCGAGCAGCGCUUGUCUUUGGCAACUCAAAAGCACAGUCUGCUGCUGCUAUAUAUGCUUUGGGAAGCCUGGACAUCGGCAUCGUCUACACCAUCGGCUUCGCGGCGAAAGGCUCGUUCAAAUGCGAGACCGAACAGCUCUGUGGCGUCGAAGACCUGAGAAAAGUGGAAGCGCCAUUCGCGAUCAUCUCGGCCUUACCUGCAGAGAAGUCGUUCGCGGUAUCACCAAUCUUGAAACACUAUAGCAGUGGGACUCGGACACCAUCCGCUCGGUCCGGCAAGAUCUUUGUAGACCUUUCCAACGGCAUCAAGGGUCACGGCGACUCUGUGUCCAUUGCGGCAUCACUUGGAUGGGUCGCCAGCAGCAUCGCCGACGUUAAUGCUUGGACAAUCGUUGAAACGUUGCGGCUGCUCAUCGGUCAUCCAUAUGAUCUCGGACAGCCGUGUCACGUCGCAUCGGAAGGAGAACGGUGGAAGGGGUGCACACAGCCAUGUGCCCAAAACGUGGGCAGAGCGUGUCAAAGGCAUGACAUCGAACUCCAAUUUACCCUAGCUUUGGGUUGCGAUGAACCGACCACAGAUUGGCAUCGAUCGACUUCAGAUCAGGAAAUCAAGUGCAAUCGACUCAAGCCUUCGUGUGAGGCGUGUCAAGUUUUCAAUUGUCCCUGCGUGUACGAUGCCAUACCUAAAAAGCGAGGGCCCAAGACCGAUGUGUUGGAGUCACUACUGAAGAGAGUCAAUGGUCUUGAGAAACGCCUGAAGGAAGAGCAGAAGACCAAUCCUUCUUCAUCACCCGAAGAAGAUGAUCCGACAGCGCCCACACGUGGUACUCGAGAGUCCAGUGACACCAGACCACGCGAGAACACGGCACAUUCAGCAUCGCCGGAGCAGCAAGAGAUGGUCGACAGCAGACCUCAGCAGAUGAACACAACCCACGUUGAGCCAGUACCUCCAAUGAAUGAGGCAUUUGCCUUCACUGAUGCACUGCUGGACACUUUCUUCGCUCGCGUACACAACAAGCCCUACUACAUUCUGGACGAGACAGCGACCAGACAACGACUUCGAGAUGGACGACUACCGCCCUUCUUGAUCAACGCAGUGCACGCAGUAUCCAUCAGAUAUGUUCCGCAACUAUGCGGCGGCCAUGCUGGAGCGAUACGCUCAAGCCACGACUAUGUGACGCGGUCCAGAGCGGAAAUCGACGUGGACGAGCCGAGCAUCGAUAAUUUGCAGGCGCUUCUACUACUGGCCAUGGCCAACUUUCAGAAUGGGAGAGGCAAGAGAUGUUACAUGGUGCUUACUCACGCAGUCAGUAUGGCAUUUGCACUGAAUCUGCAUCGUGAGCUGCCAGCCGAACUUCGAAUCGCCAAUUCCGAGCGAGAGGGCCGGAGGAAACUCUUCUGGACUUGCUAUCUCAUGGAUCGAUUUACAGUCAGCGGCUCGAAACGACCAUCGCUCAUCUCAGAUGAAUCAAUACACCUCAGACUCCCAGGAUGGCAACAGCAGGGUUCCCAGACAUGGGUUGAAGGCAGCUUCUUCCCCAAUGGCUCAAGCCUACCUCAUGCAUCAGGCAUCUCACACGCAGCACAGAGCAGCGGCACAAUGCUUGUUGAGAUCGUGAGAGUACUUGGUGUGACGAACCGAUAUCUAGGCGCCGGAGGCGUGAAAGGCGACUCUCACUUCCCCUGGCAUGCACAAUCUACGCUUUCGCGAAUCAGGUCUGAUCUCGAUUACUGGGCGGCGGCUACACAGGAUGUCUUCACCUCGAUCGAUACGCUCUUCGGCUCUCAGGACACAUCUACAUUGGUCUUGAGCAAGCUCAUCUAUCACCUGAUCCAUUGCCUCAUCUAUAGGCCGUUUCUACCAAUCGACUUGGCGGAACUGUCCGGCACGAGCCAAAAUCAGUCAUGGCAGAUUGAGGCAACGAAUCUUUGCUUUCUGCAUGCAAAUGCAAUCGCAGAGCUCGUCGAGAUCGGCAAGAAUACAGCUUUAUUAGACUGGCCUUCUUUUGUGGGAUACUGCAUUUGCACUGCUGGAACGAUUCACGUCCAUGGAGCUCACUAUAUGGCAUAUCGCGAAGGCGAUGCUUUCUGCCACAGUUCAGAGUUCCUGUCUCGUGAGAUGGCACAACUCCUUGAACUCCGGUCAAUCUGGACUGGGGUACAACAUCAGCGUGAUACACUCCAAUUGGUCUAUGCGAGCCAUGCGCAGCUUGUAAAGUCUCUGUCGUCGAACCCAAUGCGCUUCUCUCCGGUCUUCCAGAUGGAAGACUUCUUCGAUCGAUACCCUGGCUCUUACAUUGAUGGUGCCCACGUGGCCUUCUCCGAUGUUCUUGUAGAUCCAUCAUACGAGUCGUUACCCACCUUCGACCCAUGGCAAGGAUCAGGAGAGAACUGGGCUGCUCCAGUGUGGUCGGAGAAUGUGUCCUUCACGCCAAUGAUUCCAUCCCAAACACCGCUGCAGAGCCAUCAUCCGAAUGCAAUACGGAGACCAAAGAAGAGGCGAUCAACGACAGGUUCCCAGCCGUAUCCGACACCUCCCAGAGCAGAUACGACACAACAGGCGACGAUCGAAGAAGAACAAGCCGUCGAGGAGCAUGUGCCACAGAUUGAGGUCACUGAGAAUGUGACUGUCAGUGAACAGCACGAGCACCACCCAGAAAGCGAGCACAAUCCAAUGCUGUUCUCUGGCACCUUCACACCGAACUUCGGCUUCAGCCCAAUGCCAUCGACGAUGCAUGCGCACCACAUGCCGGAUGGUCAACAAGUGGCGAAUCCAGAACAUCAUCCAGGUCCUUCUAGCGGAGGAAGUGCAAGUGCCGACAGCCACAAUCUAGAGCCAGAAAAUGACCCGUUCUUGAGUUUGCUUGAGCAACUAGCUGGGAACGACAGCUCAGGCUUGGCAGAACAUGGCGAGUUCGACUUCUUUCUCGGUGGCAAUGUUUGA